GGCACCUGUGGCACAUGCGCAGUUCGUAUCUCAUAAUUUCGACUUUUUAUCUCGUAAUUUCGACUUUUUAUCUCAAAAUGAUGACUUUUCUAUGUCAUAAUUUUGACUUUCUUAUCUCAUAAAUUCGACUUUUUAUUUAUUUAAUUAUUUUUUUCUCAAGCUCUUUGUUGUUGCAAUGGCUCGGUAUGUUUAGCUAGGGAGCGGUGUUGAGCCACAAGUGCCUUCGGAGAACAGGCGAUCUUGCCUCCAAUUGUCUCAGCCUAACGUCAUGGAAAGAGUUACUUUGUGUCGAGGCUCUGAGGAAUAAAGCUGUAGGAACAAUACCGGCUCGCUUCACAGGAUGGUACGAAGCAGGAGAAGGUUGUUUUUCACGGUGCACGCGUGGUAUUCUUUUAACAGGACCGAGUGAAGAUGCGCAGGAGACCUGUUUUAUGAGGAAGUUUGUAUGUGAGCUCUGAAGGAAGGAAAGAAGGGAAUGCGAAGCUGCCUUCUCCACCAUGCACACGGAUACCAGGACACCACUUGGGAUUAUUGGCACCCGGGACCAUUUCCAGGAUCUCUAAUAUGACCAAAGAGGGCCAGGUUUUGGUACACUUUUUUUUUGUGGAGUAUUCAAAAUCCUCCUCCGUCGCUGAAACCGGUUUUGAAACUGGCUUGGAAAGGAUUGAAACCUCUCCAUCGGGCUUCUGUGUAGUGCAUGUUGUGCAAAGUUGUCUUAAAAACUCAACUGUCGAGUAAAGAUUGUUGAGUGUUUGCAUCAAUGGGCUAUGAGUUUUUUUAGGUCUAUUUUGAGCACACUUAAAAGUAAAAACUGUUCCAGACUGAUGAUGCUGCUGCACACCUGAUCCAUGUAACGUGAGAUGAGUUGAAAUAUGAACUAACAGAUGUUUCCAACACAGCUGCUAGGCACCAUGUGCAUGUAGAUAGAUUGUUGUUAUUAUUUAACUGGAGAGUCAACAUGUCUGUGAAAGCCAAAGCCCUCUACACGUUCCAAAGUGAAAACAAGGAGGAGAUCAGCAUCCAGGAGAACGAGGAGCUUGUCAUCUUUGAUGAGAACUCUGUGGAUGGCUGGUUCCAAGGCGAGAACAGCCGAGGAGAGCGGGGCCUCUUCCCGGCGUCCUAUGUGGAAAUCAUCCGCACGCGCUCCAACUCCAACGUGACCGACUGUUCCAUCAGUCCGGCCGGUUCCUUGGGGAAUGACUCCUUUUACCUGCCAUCUUCAACCAACACCACGCAGCAGAGUUUCUACGAUGACGACGAUGAUGACUGGGACGACUGGGACGAUAGGUCCACUGUGGUGGACGAUGCAGAUAAUGCCCGGAGCCCCGGCGCCAAUGGGCAUGCCCACCAGAGCCCGCUGUCCAACAACCCCAAUGUGCACUACCGGGCCAAGCCGCCCAUGGAGAGGCAAGACAGCAUCUCCAGUGCCAGGAAGGGCAGCAUGGUGGGCCGCAACUUGAAUCGCUUCUCCAGCUUUGUGCGCUCUGGAGUGGAGGCGUUUGUUCUCGGGGAUGUGCCCAUGAUGGCCAAGAUAGCUGAGGCGUACACCAUCGAGAUGGCACCCCCGGGACCCUGCUGGAAGGACAGCCCACAGCCUUUCACCUGCUCCAUCGAAGACCCCACAAAGCAAACCAAGUUUAAAGGCAUCAAAACGUAUAUUUCCUACCGAGUGACGCCCAGCCACACGGGGCAUCCGGUGUACCGGCGCUACAAGCACUUUGACUGGCUCUACAACCGCCUGCUGCACAAGUUCACCGUCAUCUCGGUGCCUCACCUGCCGGAGAAGCAGGCCACGGGGCGAUUUGAGGAAGACUUCAUCGAGAAGCGCAAGAGGCGGUUGAUCCUGUGGAUGAACCACAUGACCAGCCACCCGGUCCUCUCCCAAUACGAAGGCUUCGAGCACUUCCUCAUGUGUGGCGACGACAAGCAGUGGAAGCUGGGGAAGAGGCGCGCCGAGAAGGACGAGAUGGUGGGAGCGCACUUCAUGCUCACCCUGCAGAUCCCCAAUGAGCACCAGGACCUCCAGGAUGUAGAGGAGCGUGUGGACACCUUCAAGGCCUUCACCAAGAAGAUGGAUGACAGCGUCAUGCAGCUCACGCACGUUGCCUCAGAACUGGUCCGCAAGCACCUGGGGGGCUUCAGGAAGGAGUUCCAACGGCUUGGCAACGCCUUCCAGUCCAUCAGCCAGUCUUUCAUGCUGGACCCACCACACAGCUCCGAGGCGCUUAACAAUGCCAUCUCCCACACAGGACGCACCUACGAGAACAUUGGGGAGCUCUUCGCAGAGCAGCCGAAGUUCGACCUCUUCCACAUGCUGGACACGCUGUCGCUCUACCAAGGCCUGCUGGCCAACUUCCCUGACAUUAUCCAUCUACAGAAAGGUGCCUUUGCGAAGGUGAAGGAGAGCCAGCGGAUGACGGACGAGGGCAAGAUGGACCAGGACGAGGCGGACGGCAUCCGUAAGCGCUGCCGGACUGUGGGCUUCGCCCUGCAGGCGGAAAUGAGCCACUUCCACAAGCGGCGUGAGGUGGACUUUAAGGACAUGAUGCAGGCGUACCUCAGGGAGCAAAUCGCCUUCUACCAGCGUGUGACGCAACAACUGGAGCGCACGCUGCGCAUGUACGAAUGUCUUUAAAGACGGCAGGAAGCUCGUUUUGCAGCACGUACUGUUAAAUGUCUGCAAUACACGUCACGUAACAGGCGCCGUCACAUCAUAAUUUAAAGUAUUACAACAUUAAGGUAUUGAUUUUUUAAUUCUUACUGUUCCUGUAGUGGAUUGUUCACAUGAAAGAAACGGGUUCAGUCCCCUUCUCUCCAGCGUCAUGCACUUUGAUUAUACUUCUUUAAAAACAUUCCCAACACCGUACAUGGUAACACUUCUCUCCUGUUUGUUUAGACUCCACCCCUCUCCUUGUGGACCGCCUGUUGAUUACAUCAUCACAUUGUCACUCAUGUGCCUUCAUGUUGCCACCAAGCUGUCCGCUUCUGUUAUUAUUAUUUUCAUUCAUCUUUGUUAUUUCAACACCCGAAUCGACACAAACCUUAGCAUUAUAUAUUUUUUCUGGCACUUUAUUCAUCUUUUGACAAUGGAAGCCGUUAUGUACUGUAGGUAUCCCGAUUAUAGGUUCUUUGGCACCCUUCCGUCAACUUGGAAUGAUUGGGCGAAAAAAUGAAAGUACUCAACAAAGAGUGACAAAAAGUGGUAUUUGGAUUCAUGAUUUUGGUACUCUACUCCAGUGAUUUUCAACCUUUUUUGAGCCACGGCACGUUUUUUUUAAAUUGGAAAAAUCUUGUGGGAUGCCACUAACCAAAAAUGUUCCAAAAUGUCACCACGACCUCACACGUGCAUCAAUAAGUCGAUGGGAGGAACAAGGUAGGUGUUGCCACACGGACCAAUAUUACAUUGCUCUGCCAGUCUUUACACCACAGACACUCCACAGUAGCCACGUUUUUACAUCACCACUUUUUCUCUUUCCCAAUGACCUUUCGGGAAACAAUGGUAUCCAUAGAAAGGAAUAUUCCAAUCUCUUGUCUACAUGCGCCGUGAAAAUCAAACAGAAUAGUCAAUAGGGCAUGCCCAGUAAAACGUAAACAUCAACAUCACGUGAUACCGGCUUCCCCAAGUUUUUCUUUCACUUGUUGGAAUAACUCCGUAUUGCCAGUUUUUCGUCUGUCCAGUCUUGAAAUUUAGUUUGAAUCAAAAACAAACUUUGCUUAGUCCAGUGCCGAUUGCUGGCCUCCAUUUUUAAAAGUGAAGAACGUCUGGAUCUGCGUGUUACGUCAUAUCUGAGCAUGCGCUGAAAGAACGCACCCGGGAUAAAUUUAAACAGGAAAAGAUCAAAUUCAAUCUUUCUAAUAUUUUAUAAUUAAACUCAGGACAUGUUUUAUAUAGAUAUGUAUUUUCUUUUUUAAUAAAACCGCACUUGUGCUGCUUGCCAACCGCCAAUAAACAACAGAAGAAGAAAAACACCAUGAAGAAGAACGCAAUCUGACAACUUUCCGUUUGAGCGGGUACAAGAUACCUCAAUCGGAUUGGUUAAAGGAAUAUUCCAUCCCUGUUCAAUUCUUUCCGUUUGAGCAAAUAAACCAAAUGCAAUUGGAAUAUUUGGGUCCAUGUAUACUAUUGACAUAAUGGCUAUUGACAUAAUAUUUGCAAAUGAUGAUUAAUGUUAAUUAUAAAAAGUGAUAUUGGAUAAUUCCUCACGGCACACCUGACGGUUUCUCAAGGUACACUAGUGUGCCGUGGAAUAGUGGUUGAAAAUCACUGGUGUAUCCCAAUGGCAGGUGCUAAAAACAGCUACUUUGGUUCCACUCUCAAUUAAAGGGUGCUAAAAAAAGUGGUAUUUUAUGAAUACAUCAACUAUUCAGGUACUCAUUAUUGAUAGUUUGUGGUACCCUAACACUGUGCUUGGUGUACCAGUGACAGGGUGCCAAAAAGUAUGGUUCACUCACCAAACUGGAGGGUGUCAAGUAGUUAUUUUCAACUUGUGAGGAUGGGAAGUCAAACUGUGGAAGGGUGCCAAAAUGUGGUAUCAUGCGGAUCCAUUAUCUUGGUACUUUUCUCAGCUUUAUAAUAGCAACGCAAACGUUUUGGUCUCAUUUCAAAGGUGGAGUGCCAAAAAAUGCUACAUGGUUCCUCCGUACCUCAGUAAAGGAUGCCAACAAGUAUACAGAUAAACUAUUUUGGUCCUUUCAUCUUAUAAUAAUGGCAAUGCAAAGUUUUUUUGCUGUGCUUGAUGUACCCAGUGAGAGGUUCCCGAAAACCAGUACAUCUAAAACCAGUUCUUUUGGAUCCCCUCUCAACGAAAGUGUGCCAAAAAGUGGUAUCGUUUAGGUGAACUAUUUUGGUACUCUCCUCUUUAGUGGUACCCUUCGUACUGUGCUUGAUGCAAAGGUGCCAAAAAGUGAUACAUCGCAGAGUAGUUUUUUUGAUUCCCUCGCUCAAUGGGAUGGUGCUAAAAAGUGGUAUCAUAUGGGAAGACUACUUUGGUGCUCUAAUGCAGAUGCAAACCUUUGGUAACCUGCCACAGUGCUCGGUAUACUAAUGGAAGGGUGCUACAGUAAACCUUGGAUAUAUCGGACUCGGAUAUAUCGGAAAUUCGCUCACAACGGACAGAUAAAAAAGAACCAAUUUUUCUGUAAUGCAUUUCCAAUAAAAAUUCAUUGCAUAUAUCGGAUUUUUUAUAACGGAUUUCGCCUAUUUUGGACAAAAUCUCCAGUCCCGUUCCAAUGCAUUUCCAUUAAAUUUCCCUUGCAUAUAUCGGAUGGCUGCAUCAUGGCGCUACGAUUUGCCGAAUCGUGACAGGCCGCUAUACGACGUCAUUUGCAGCGUUUGCAGCGUUGCCUGCGUGUCCAGGUACAUUGGAAACAUAGUCAAGGAAGUGCCUUUUUAUAACGGAUAAAAUCCGAUUUACGCAUAUACCGGAUAUAAAUCCGAUAUAUGCGUAAAACGGACAUUUUCCGGUAUACGCAUAUAACAGAUUUCGCUUAUAUCGGACAAAACCAGUGGGAACAAUUGAAUCUGAUAUAUCCGAGGUUUACUGUAUAUCACAGACAGUUUUUUCACAGACAAAAAUUCGUAUCGUAUGAUUUAACUAUUUUUGUAUACAAACUAUUUGGUACACAGCCUCUGUGUUUGGUGUACCAAUAGUAGGGCUCUAAGAAGUGAUACUGCAAUAAUAAGAUGGCUGCAAUAACGCUAGCCACAUGUGAUCGGUGUUGAAAAGCAUUUAUCGCCAUGUGCCGAUCAUGUGACUUUUAAUACUAAUUGGUGGCCGAUUGAUUGGAGCAUCCCUAGCAUCUCUUUACUUUGGCACUGUGCUUAAGUGUACCAAUGGAAGGGUGCCAAAAAGUGAUUUAAGUACAUCUUGCACCAGUUAUUUUGCUUCUCUCACUCAACUGAAGGCUGCCAAAAAGUGGCAUCAUGGAUACGCUAUUUUGGUUCUCUUCUCAAGUUGUGAUGAUAGAAACACAAACUGUGGUAUCAUGCCGCUGUGUUAGUUUGGUACUGUUGUCAACUUUUGGUAGAAACUCAAACUUUUAGGUAUCCCUUCCAUCAACUGGAGGGUGCAAAAUGUAGCAGUAGCGCAGUAACGUGCUAUGGUACCCAACAACGUGCCGCUUGGUGGAAACAAUAAUAGUAAUAAUGGUGUCUUAUGGGUAAAGUUAGCACUUUUGCAACACUGGUGUGUCAUUGUGUGACUAAGGGUGCUCUCAUGGCAUUAAUUAGAAAAAACGUUGUGCUUAUGCAUGAUUCAUUUCCCCAAUCUAAGCAAGAAUCAGUCUUGUUACAUUCCAUCUUCCGUGUCUACGUGCAGACUUGUUGGAAAAAAUGCUGAGUGGUGUGAAAGAUGUGGUGUGUGUGUGUGUGUGUGUGUUGGAUGGUCAAUGUGCUGCGGUUCUUUUGAAGUCUUGUCUCGGCAUUUCCCAAAAAGCGCUGAUUUGCGUUCCUCGAGUGAACACAUGUGUCAGUGGGUACUCUUCAGUGUGGGGCACUUUGUGUACUCUUCCACUAUUUCUACUCCUGUCUUUCUAUCUCACAUUUUCUACCAUGAAUCGCCAUUUUCCUACAUGAGGCUUCUUUUUCUGUGCUGCUGUCUUAUUUCACUCUCUGCUUUUGUAAUUGAAUCUGUCCUCUUCAUGUGAGGGAAAAAGUGCAGGCAGGCGAGUGAAAGAAAGUGAAAACAAAAGGAAAAGGUGGAAAGCCAUUCAAAUAAAAUGCACACGUGUUAGUGAACAUUCCAAAAGCUGCACUGAAGCUGACAUGGUUGAAAAGCUCAUUUUAUCACUCGAUUCAAGGGAAGGGGACAUACAAGUUUUUAAUAAAAAAAAAAAAAAAUGGUGGUCUGAAUGUGUCAUCCUUGCAUCAAUUGCACCUACAUAACCUAAUGACCUUUUUCCAGUCUUGCUAUUGUAUUCCAUCCAAAACUCAAAUGAUCACAGCCAACGACUGGUCAUGUUUGAGUCUCUGUCAGGUUGUGGAAUGCAACUUGUGGAGUGGCGUGACGUCAUUUCGCUGGCAGCAGGAAAUGUCAUCAAGUUCAAAAAGGCAGAACUGACUGGAGGAAAUUUGAUAAAUGUUUGCGUUCUUGUAGUCUCAUUACCGGCUGGAUUUUUUUCUCAUCAUUUGUAGCAAAGCGAAGGCUGUAACGUGACGCCUUGAGAAUGAGCCACACGAUGUUGAGGCGCUCUGGUAAUGCCAGAUUUAUUUUGGUGGGGCGGGGCAUAGCACACACACACACACAGCGAAAAUAAAAAAUAUCAAAUCAACUUUAUUUGUAUAGCACUUUUCCUGCAAAGAUGUGCAAUACAAGGUGCUUUACAGAAUUAAAAACAAUUACCACAAUUAAAAGGAAAAACAAAGAAACAAAAGACUAUAGGACUAUAAG